CUUUGGUAUAUAUAUACCUUUUGUACUACCAUUUGUACUAUUUAUUUUACACGUUGCUUCUCUCUAUCGAUUUUACGGUUGCAAGAUAUCAUUCUCAGCGUAAAAAUAUAAAAAAUUUAAACAUCAAUUGAACUAUGCUAUCUUUAGGUAUCAUAUUUUUUGUUUUCUUUUUUAGAUUUUGCUGAGUUCUAUUUUAUCUUAUAGCCUAUUUGUAUUUUUUUGCUAAGUUUUUUAUUAUAGUAUUUAUCAUUCAAGUAUUAUUGACAAAUUGCAAACUCUGAUCUGUAUUUAUUGUUCUUAUGUGUACAAUGUUAAAUUAUAUUUUUCGAUUGUUGUAAUUAACGACUGUAGCAGCGCACUCUAUCUUGGGUAAGUUCUUCUAAUUGAACUAUCCAAUUCUUUGUUCAUACGUUUAUUUAGUAUGUUUAUUUUGGUUAUUUAUUUAUGGUAACUUGUAAAAUUUGUAAUAGGUUGUUGGUUAUUGAGCUUCAUUUCUGCAUUUUAUGAACACACUAUUUUUUCCUUCUAAAAUAUAUCUUUACUCAUCAUUACAUAUUGUGAACUUUAGUUUUAUUGUAUGUAUAUUUUAACAUGUGUAGGAUUAAUUCUUUCUAAUGCUUUCAGUUCUUGUAGCUAAAGUUGAGGUCCAACUAUUCUACAAUAACUAUUAGUGUUUUGAUGGAUAUUUUUGAACCAUCUGUUGAUGAAGAAGUUGAUUUAGUUAACCUUCAAGCUACCUCUCAAACACCCAGCGAGUCAUACCACGUCUUUAUUCGUCAACAACAUAAUCAAAGAGAAAGGGAUCGAUACAAUCGAUUACAAAUUGAGCGCGUUGAUCUUCGAAAGAGGAUAAAUAACCGUAUAUCAUUUGGAGAGAAUAGCUUAGAUCUUGUUGAAAUGCAUGAAUCUACAACACAUCAUGAGUUUGAAGCUUCAACGUCAAACCAAAGAACAAUUGAUAAUUUCAAUUCUGAAUUAGAAGGAAGUUCAAAUCUGUUGAAUGUACCAAGUACUUCAUAUGUAUUACCACCGUGUAUUGACUGUAAAUAUUGUGGUGCACGUAAAUUUUUUAGAGAAAGUAAAGGAUUUUGCUAUUCUGAUAGAAAAGUUAAGCUUUUUAUGCCCGAAUCACCAACUGAACUGUACACCUUAUUUACUUCUAAAGAACUUAUAUGUAUGGAAUUUAAAAAAAUCGCAAGGGAAUAUAAUAACCACUUUGCAUUCACUUCAUUUGGUGUAAAAUAUGAUAAAGAACUUUUUAAAACAUACAGAGGUAUUUACACAUUUAGAGUGCAGGAACAAGUAUAUCAUUAUGUAAAUCAACUUAUGCCAGAAAAUAACUUACCGUCUUAUAUGCAGUUAUAUUUUUAUGAUACAGAUAAUGAGCUUCAAAAUCGUAUGAACAUUUCAGAGAACUUUGUUGAAUCUACUUUGAUUCUUUUAAUGCAAAUUCUAACCAUAAAUCCAUAUAGUAGAUUCUUUAGGUCUUUAAGUAAUAUCCCUAAUUUGUAACACCAUCGGAUACAAAUAAGAUGCGAUCCAGGAGUUGAUCAAAGAGUUUUUAAUACUCCUACAGCGUCUCAAGUAGCUACUGUAUGGGUCGAAAAUGAUGAAAAUGCAAAUAUCCGUGUUCGUGAUAUUACUAUAUAUAGUCAUUCUGGUGAAUCACACAAAGUCCACUAUUACUAUGAUUGUUAUGAUCCUUUACAAUAUCCUUUGAUCUUUCCAUAUGGAGAAUCUGGCUGGCACGAAGGUAUUAAGAGAUAUAGAAACCCAUGCUUCUUGCCUUAGCAUUUGUCCGACCCUAUCACUCUUCCUAGCGCAGUGAAUUCUGUAAAUGAACUUCUUGAAAAAGAGUAUGCAGGUUAAUAGAUGCACAUUUUAGUAAAUUUAAUGACUUUUGCAAUUUUACUACUUUAAAUGAAUAUGAAUACUCAAAUUGUGUUAUUUUUAUGUGAUGCGGUGCUUAAUGAAAAAAAGAAACGAUCUCAAGUCUCUUGCCGAGAAUACUAUUUGUAUAAAUUACAAAUCAAGUCUCCUGGCAAGUUCGUGUUACUUCAUACUGGUAGACUAUUUCAACAAUAUGUUGUAGAUAUGUAUGUUAAGAUUGAAACUACUAGACUAGAUUAUUUUCGUAAUAACCAAAAAAAA